AUUUCGUAUACCCAUAUACCUUGACUAUUUGGUCGAUUCGUUUCUUUACGGGUUUGGCAGCAUCAGACAAAGCACAGCAUCCUUUCUGACUUCUUCUCGGAAUAAGAGCAGACACAAAACUUUCCAAAAUGAAUCCCAAAUUCUCAGACGCCAACAUGCAGGAGUACAAGGACACCUUCAUGAUGUGGGACAGGAAAGGUGACAGCAAGAUUGCUGUGCCCCACAUUGGUCACGUGAUGAGGUCGUUGCUGUGGAACCCGACAGAGAAGGCCAUCAAGAAGGUCAUCGGCCCCGACCGUGAUGAGUACGAUCGCGUCGACUGGGAGACCUUCUUACCCAUGAUGAAGGAUGUCACAGCGGGGAAGUUCGGUAACGAGAAUGACUUCGUUGAGGGUUUGAAAGUAUUCGACAAGGACAACAGCUCCACUGUCAACUGCGGAGAAAUCCGUCACGUACUCUCGACGCUAGGAGAGAGGUUGGAAGAAGCUGAGGUUGAUGUAAUCAUCAAGGGAAUGGAAGACAAGAAGGGAAUGAUCCAAAUCGACGAUAUUGUCAAGAAAAUGAUGACCAACGUAAUGGAGGGGUAUUAACCGAGUUGAAAUCACGUUCAUGGACGAGACGUUGAACUCAUCAAUAUCGUCAUUGUCAGUUUUGGGGGCGUAACGACCGAUUCCAUCAAUCCGCCAUCUUCUUUCUCACUAUCAUCACCACCUCCAUCACCACCACCACCACCACCAUUAUCAUCAACUUCAUAUUCUUCAGAUGUUAUCCGAUUCACAGCGUCCAUGGAGAAUGGGGACGUCGUUUUUCAUCAUGAUCAUUUUCAUUUCAAGCCGUUUAAUUCUCUCCGCUGUUCGUUCAUCAUGCCUGAGUUUCAGAAUCCGAGUUGAUGGAAUAAGUACAAGCUUUGAUCCUAUAACUCAUUAUUAUGUCAACAGUGGUAUAGGUGUAUCAUAAGAGAUAUGAUUCAGAAGCGUACCAGUAUUUUUAAAUCAUUCAUUUGCUCGAUUCCAAGAUCCCCCGUUUUGUCAUCUUUUUCAUCAUUUCAUGAUAAACAUCCAUCGAUGCUGCUCUUGAUGUGUUUCAUAAAGCGUUCAUUUGAUGAGCUUCCGAUAUGCCCACAUCGAUUUUGCUUGUUCACCGAUUGUGGUUUAUCACAUCCUUUCAAGAAAUCAUUGCAUUCUGGGGCCGAAAGCGAUGUUUCAUGCCAUUUCAAGAAUGACCCGUCAUAAAUUCAUAUUCAUUUUUCAUAUUGUACAUUGAUUUUAAUUUAUCGAACCUUUGGUGUCAAUAUCUUUUUCUCUUUGACUUUUAUUUCCUCCUCGUGGACAGCAUUUGUGAAGAAAAUAAUGUACGAUCUUCUGGCCGAGUGUUACUAGCUGGAAUGGCAGGGUAAGGGGAGGGGGAUGAAACAUCAAGUUGGUAUUUCCUCGGAGAACACAUCGGAUAUUUUUCUUAUUUUUGAUUGCCGUACCAAGAUGAAUUAGGACAGGUCAGCGGGACAUUGGUUUACAUCUAGCUUCCAUUUCGUUAUCACAACCGUUUUUAUUGGGUUUAUAUUUCUUCUGUUGAUUGUGUGCUAUUCAAGACUUUGAAAGGGUGUUGAAAGUUACUGGAGGUAUAUACAUGACUGCCGUAUGUUUCUAUCAGAACGAAAACCCAAAUAAUUGUGAAAACAACAAGAACAGGACAUCAGUUCUGUGGUAGGAGUUCAAAAUUAAAACGUCGCAGCUUGUUGAAGAAUGAUAAAACAACUGGGGAGGGGGGAUAGUCGAACCAAUUUUGUUUUUCUUUAGACAAAAGCAUUAGUUGAUGUUUGUAUGUUUGUGUACAAUAAGAGUGGUAUUUUAUAUGUUACUUCUAUGUUAUCAACGUUUUAUAUAUAUGUAGGCUUCAUUUUCCAACUUGGAAAACAAAAGAAACUUCGUAUGAGCAAUUCUUGGGUGAAAUAUAUAUGUAUCUCACUAUCAUAUACCCUGCAGAUAAUAUUCAUUACAAGCAGACAUGUUAGUAUGUUGUGUUUAUAAAAGAGUGCAAUACCAGAUUAGUUAUGAUACAUUGUUUAAAUGAAGACAACUGUUUAGAAUACAGUCAUACAAAAAUAAGGACAAAAGAGACCAUUUUGUCGAUUUACACAACAGCUUUAGAAAGAAAAAAAAAUGCUUUGUGUUUUUAUUGUAUUUGCUCUUUCUGUACACAUUGUAGAAUUUUGCUUGUUUUAUCUUUUCACCGUUUACAUGUAUAAACUUGUAUAAACUUGUUGCCAAUUUGUUAUGGUGAUUUUGCUACAAAUUAAAAAUAUGUGGCAAAUUUUCUGAAGUGUAAA